UUACUAUUUUGUUAACUGUUUCUUCAUGAAUUACACAAUUAAUAUCAAAAAAUUCAAAGUCAAAUACACAGUUACGAAUCGGUAAAGCCAUAAUUACCUUACGAAAUGCAUGUGUUUCAUCAAAUCAUCAAAAUCAGUUUCACGAAUGUAUGCGAAAGUAAUUUCGUAAAUAAAAUUAGUAUCGUGAAAUCCCUAGUAUUCCCAUCAGUCAUCAUCCCAUAGUUAAAGAUUUGCAUAUCUAUUAACUUAAAAAAGGACUAUUAAGAAAAAAAGAAAAUUGGUGGAUUCGAAGAUGGCUAGAAGGCAUUUGGGUGCAAUGAAAUUAGUCUCGAAAUUAAUUUCAUGCCGGCUGUAUUUCCGUCUUGACAAUUUCGUAUAGGAUUACAAAUACUUGGAGUUACAGCAAAAUGGCUUGUACUAGAGAAACGUGUAGUGACCUUACAAGAAAUAAAUCUUAUUUAAGUCAAAAAGAUGCUGCAGCUUUAGAUCAAGACUUAUUCAAUGAAUAUAAGUUUAGUGUAGAUCAACUUAUGGAAUUAGCUGGAUUAAGUGUUGCAACAGCAGUAGCCAAAGUUUAUCCGGUGACUUCUUGUAAUACAGCACUAAUUAUAUGUGGACCAGGCAAUAAUGGUGGUGAUGGGUUGGUAGCUGCUCGACACUUGACAUUAUUUGGCUAUUCUGUAGCUGUAUACUAUCCAAAAAGAACUCCCAAACCUUUAUAUGAUAAUUUGUUAUGGCAAUGUGGGAAGUUUGGGGUUAAUAUUGUUGAAAACCUGCCUCCAUCUAAUGAAUUGAAGAAUCAUUACAAAUUGGUUGUAGAUGCAUUAUUUGGAUUUAGUUUUAAACCUCCAGUGAGAGAUGCAUUAAAACCAGCAUUAGAUGCCUUAAUUUACUCUGAAUUACCUGUUUGUAGUGUGGAUAUCCCAAGUGGAUGGGAUGUAGAAACUGGUCCAGAUUCAGACUCUGCAUUAAAGCCAGCAUUAAUAAUUUCCCUAUCUGCACCAAAGAAAUGUGUGAAGCCGGAAUUUAUCAAAAAUGCUCGUCAUUUCUUGGGUGGCAGGUUCCUCCCUCCAGCUAUUUUACAAAAAUAUAACUUGACUCUACCUUCAUACUCUAAUCAAGAUCAAGUUGUUGAAUUAAGCUAAAUUAUUAAGGAAUUUGUUUAUUGUGGUUUCAUAAUUUGUUUAAAUAAUUAAAGGAGCAGUAUGCAAUAUGAACCACUGCUGUGAAUUCUAA